GUUAUCAUGUCAUCCACACUUUCUACCACGAACCUGGCACUGUGCAGCGGGCAUUUGAUAGACCGGUCAUCAGCUGGGCAAGGACAGUCAACCACAUAUUUCAUAGGCCUUAACUCAUGGCCGAGUUUAAAUGUUGAAGUGAAAUAUAACGGACAGUCGAAAUGGGAUCGGAACAAUCAAAAUUUGCAGGCAUACACAGCUGGAGUGACAUAUAAUGAAACAACCAACCAUCGAAUGACAAUAAAAUCCAAUGAUCAGCAUCAGACGUUAGUGUUGGACAUGAUGCUAUGGUGUGCUUCAGGCUGGUCUGGAGAUCACUGUCAACAUCAAUGUCACUCUACUAGAACUAAAAUGUGCAACAAAGACGGAAAAUGUGUUUGUAAACAUGGGUAUGGUGGACAAGCUUGUGUAGAUAUAAACGAGUGUAGUGAUCAGUCCCCUUGCAAGAACGGUGGUACGUGUAAAAAUACAAUAGGUUCGUUUAUAUGUGAAUGCCGGACAGGUUGGACAGGUCCAACAUGCGAAGUCGACAUAGAUGAAUGUGACCUAGGUUUUUGUACAAACGCCUCGACUUGCACAAACAGCCCAGGAUCAUUUCACUGCAGGUGUAAUAGAGGAUUUCAUGGUAGACAAUGUACUGAUACAAAUGAAUGCAAGGUUCCCAUGAAACUCUGCCAGCAUGAAAGCAUCUGUCUGAAUCAAUAUGCAUCGUUUGCUUGCAUAUGUAGUGAAGGGUAUUCUGGUGCCAGAUGUGAAAACGACAUCGAUGAGUGUUCUUUAUCGAUAUGUAGUCGACAUAGUAACAACUGUACGAAUUCAGUCGGCAGUUACAGUUGUGCUUGCGACGCUGGUUGGGCAGGAAAACACUGUGAAAAUGAUAUUGACGAAUGUCAAAGUAAUCCCUGCAAAAAUGGAACAUGCAAUAAUACAAUCGGAAGUUAUAAAUGCAACUGUUACCAAGGGUAUACAGGUAAACAUUGUGAAAAUGAUUUUGACGAAUGUUCCGUAGUUACGUGUGCAAACAACGGGACAUGUGUAAACCUACAUUAUCCUAAAAGAUACCGAUGUGAUUGCCUCAAAGGCUGGGAUCCUAAAAGUCGAUGUCGGCAUCAUACAGAUGAAUGUAAAGAAAUUCAUCCUUGUGUUCAUGGAAACUGCAGUAACAAAAAUGGAAAUUAUAUAUGUUCAUGUAACACUGGCUGGACUGGCAAGAACUGUAGCAUUGAUUUAGAUGAGUGUAACGACAAUCCUUGUUUGCACAAUGGAACUUGUAUCAAUAGCAUAGGAGCAUACACGUGCCACUGUUCCACAGGAUGGACGGGAAAAAACUGCUCUACUGAUAUAAAUGAAUGUGAUACUCUUCAUCGUUGCAGGAACAAGGGUAAUUGCAAAAACACAGAUGGAGGAUACACGUGCGACUGUACUGCAGGAUGGACGGGAACGACCUGCUCCGAGGACGUAAAUGAGUGUGAUGUAAUUCACCCAUGCAAAAAUAAUGGUUCAUGCAGAAACACGAAAGGCAGCUAUACAUGUUAUUGCCCAGUAGAAUGGAUAGGAAGAAAUUGUACUGUUGAUGUCAAUGAAUGUGAUACGUUUCAUCCGUGCCAGAAUAAAGGCUCAUGCGUCAACUCGGAAGGGAAUUAUACAUGUCAUUGCCCGGUAGAAUGGAAAGGAAGAAACUGUACUUUUGAUGUUAAUGAAUGUGAUACGUUUCAUCCGUGCAAGAAUAAAGGCUCAUGCAUCAACUCGGGAGGACAUUAUACAUGUCAUUGCCCAGUAGAAUGGAAAGGACAAAACUGUUCUGUUGAUGUCGAUGAAUGUGAUACGUUUCACCCGUGCCAGAAUAAAGGCUCAUGCAUCAACUCGGAAGGCAAUUAUACAUGUCAUUGCCCAGUAGAAUGGAAAGGACAAAACUGUUCUGUUGAUGUCAAUGAAUGUGAAACGUUUCACCCGUGCCAGAAUAAAGGCUCAUGCGUCAACUCGGAAGGCAAUUAUACAUGUCAUUGCCCAGUAGAAUGGAAAGGGCAAAACUGUUCUGUUGAUGUCAAUGAAUGUGAAACGUUUCACCCGUGCCAGAAUAAAGGCUCAUGCGUCAACUCGGAAGGAAAUUAUACUUGUGAUUGCCCAGUAGAAUGGAAAGGACAAAACUGUUCUGUUGAUGUCAAUGAAUGUGAUACGUUUCAUCCGUGCCAGAAUAAAGGCUCAUGUGUCAACUCGGUAGGAAAUUAUACUUGUCAUUGCCCAGUAGGAUGGAAAGGACAAAACUGUUCUGUUGAUGUCAAUGAAUGUGAUACGUUUCAUCCGUGCCAGAAUAAAGGCUUAUGCGUCAACUCGGAAGGAAAUUAUACUUGUCAUUGCCCAGUAGAAUGGAAAGGACAACAAUGUUCUGUUGAUGUCAAUGAAUGUGAUACGUUUCAUCCGUGCCAGAAUAAAGGCUCAUGCAUCAACUCGGUAGGAAAUUAUACUUGUCAUUGCCCAGUAGGAUGGAAAGGACAAAACUGUUCUGUUGAUGUCAAUGAAUGUGAUACGUUUCAUCCGUGCAAGAAUAAAGGCUCAUGCAUCAACUCGUUAGGAAAUUAUACUUGUCAUUGCCCAGUAGAAUGGAAAGGACAAAACUGUUCUGUUGAUGUCAAUGAAUGUGAUACGUUUCACCCGUGCCAGAAUAAAGGCUCAUGCGUCAACUCGGAAGGAAAUUAUACUUGUGAUUGCCCAGUAGAAUGGAAAGGGCAAAACUGUUCUGUUGAUGUCAAUGAAUGUGAUACGUUUCAUCCGUGCCAGAAUAAAGGCUCAUGUGUCAACUCGGUAGGAAAUUAUACUUGUCAUUGCCCAGUAGGAUGGAAAGGACAAAACUGUUCUGUUGAUGUCAACGAAUGUGAUACGUUUCAUCCGUGCAAGAAUAAAGGCUCAUGCGUCAACUCGGUAGGAAAUUAUACUUGUCAUUGCCCAGUAGGAUGGAAAGGACAAAACUGUUCUGUUGAUGUCAAUGAAUGUGAUACGUUUCAUCCGUGCCAGAAUAAAGGCUCAUGCGUCAACUCGGUAGGAAAUUAUACUUGUCAUUGCCCAGUAGAAUGGAAAGGACAAAACUGUUCUGUUGAUGUCAAUGAAUGUGAUACGUUUCAUCCGUGCAAGAAUAAAGGACCAUGCAUCAACUCGGAAGGCAAUUAUACAUGUCAUUGCCCAGUAGAAUGGAAAGGACAAAACUGUUCUGUUGAUGUCAAUGAAUGUGAUACAUUUCAUCCGUGCCAGAAUGAAGGCUCAUGCGUCAACUCGGAAGGAAAUUAUACUUGCCAUUGCCCAGUAGAAUGGAAAGGACAAAACUGUUCUGUGGAUGUCAAUGAAUGUGAAACAUUUCAUCCGUGCCACAACAAUGGCAUUUGCGUCAACUCGGAAGGAAAUUAUACAUGUCAUUGCCCAGUAGAAUGGAAAGGGCAAAACUGUUCUGCUGAUGUCGAUGAAUGUGAAACGUUUCAUCCAUGCCACAACAAUGGUAGAUGCGUCAACUCGGAAGGAAAUUAUACAUGUCAUUGCCCAGUAGAAUGGAAAGGACAAAACUGUUCUGUUUAUGUCGAUGAAUGUGAAAUGUUUCAGCCGUGUCAGAAUGAAGGCUCAUGCGUCAACACGCAUGGAAAUUAUACAUGUCAUUGCCCUGUAGGAUGGACAGGACAAAACUGCUCUGUUGAUGUCGAUGAAUGUGAUAUAUUUCGACCUUGUCAGAAUGAAGGCUCGUGCGUCAACACGAAUGGAAGUUAUACAUGUCAUUGUCCUGUAGAAUGGAGAGGACAAAACUGUUCUGUUGAUGUAAACGAAUGCAACAAUUCACCCUGUAAACAUAAUUCAACGUGUAAUAACAUUGAAGGCGGAUAUACCUGCACUUGCCCUCCAAACUGGUCCGGCAACAACUGUGACGUCGAUGUGGACGAAUGCAGUAGUUCCCCGUGCAAGAAUAACGGAAACUGUUCUAACACAGAGGGAAGUUAUACCUGCAUUUGUCCUCCAAACUGGUCCGGAAACACUUGUGAAGACGAUGUGGAUGAAUGCGGUAGUUUUCCCUGCAAGAAUAACGGAACAUGUUCUAACGUGGACGGUGGGUACACGUGCAUCUGCUCUUCAAACUGGAGCGGCAUCCACUGUGAGACGGACGUAAAUGAAUGCAAAAGUUCCCCGUGUAUAAAUAAUGGAACUUGUGUUAAUUUGGCUGGAUCUUAUAUCUGCAGAUGCAUGCAAGGAUGGCAAGGCAAGAAUUGCGAAAGCGAUAUUAACGAGUGUAGAUAUAGCGACAAUCCAUGUAAAAAUGGAGAUACAUGUAGUAAUACUAACGGGAGUUAUGUAUGUAAACGUGGUUCAACAUCCUCGACGCUGCCUCUUACAUCUCAUACUACAACAACUGCUUCUACUCUUACCACACCAAACCAGACAGGCAGCACAUCAGCUGGAUCUACAACAGUAACACAAACGAGUGCAACAAAUGCAGCUACCACAUCGACACAAAGAAGAAUUACAACACCUGUAGCUACGACACAAACAAAAAGUACAAAACCUGCAGUUACCACACCAUUACAAACAAGUACUACAACUCCUACAGCUACGACGACAACACAAGCAAGUAGUACAACUCAUGCAGCUGCCACAUCAAGACAAAGAAGUAGUACAACUCCUGCAGCUACCAUAUCUGUCGAAACAAACAUUACAACACCUGCAGCUACCACGUCGAAACAAGCAAGAAUUACAGCACCUGCUGUUACAACAUCGCCACAAACAAGCAGAACAACACCUGUAGCUACCACAUCGCCACAAACAAGCAGAGCAACACCUGUAGCUACCACAUCGCCACAAACAAGCAGAGCAACACCCAAAGCUACCACACCAACACAAACAAGCAGAACAUCACCCGCAGUUACCACAUCGACACAACCAAGCAGAACAACAACUGAUGCUACCACAUCGACACAAAUAAGAACAAUGCCUGCUGCUGCCACAGCGAAACAAACAAGCAGAACAUCACCUGCUGCCACCACAUCGACUCAAACAAGCAGUACGUUACCUGCUGCUACCUCAUCGACACAAACAAGCAGCACCAGACUGACUGUUACUGCAGCGACAGGCUUUGAUAGCUACACCUUAGAGUUUGUGAAGGAGGUAAACUCGACAUAUUAUGACAACAUUACAGCCGGAAUAAAAGGUGUACUAAAUAUCACGACUUGUCGCAAUAGCAAAAAUAUUGCCGUAACACUUUUGAACAAUGACAAGAAAAAGAAUUUCUCCGUGGAAUUCCAUGCACAGUGCGACGGUCAAGAUGUCUCAAAUAAACAGAUUGCAGAAGCAUUUAAUGCGUUAUCCCCAGAAAAAUUGAAGUCCCUCUUCCCUUUGGAAGUUAAGCAGAAAGGGGGGAAAGCACCUGAGAAAUCAUGGAUUGAGAAGAACAUGAUGGUUGUUGUUGGUGCUGUUGUUGGUGUUGUGCUUAUCAGUGCCGUAGCAGUAGGAUGUAAAUGUUACAGAUCUAGGAGACAUGUCACAAGCGGCGAAGAUGAACCUGUUUAUGAUGACACACCUACAUUCGUUGAACUAAAGGACAGAGACAGCACUUUAAGUGAAAGAGUUAUAGCCAGAGAAAAUCCACUUUAUGACUCGUUUGCCUCUACAAGUAAAGAAAGCACUAACGCCUAGUGUUAAUAUUGCUAAAUGGUGUUUUUGUAUAACUCUCAAAAAUGUAAUUUAAUGAUUGACUUUUAUCACGUUGACGAAAGUCAUGAGUUCUUAAAUACAUAUUUUACCUAUAUUUUACAGAUAGACGAAUAGUGAUGACAUUGCUAAAAUUGUGUUUGAUUAUUCUCAACAACAGAAUAUAUACGCCCUGUGAAUGUAUAUUUUAUAGACGAAUUUUUAUUCUUUUUUUAUCGUUAUAACAAUGGUAAUGGUGUGUUUGAGCAAUAACAAAAUAAUGCAUACGAUGUAUGACUAUCUAUUGUUCUUGCAAAUUGCAAAUUUGAAUUCUGUUUCUUUUGUCUUUACAUCUAGAAAUGUUCUAGUGCUUAAUAAUGACAUUUCUAAUUAUGAUUAUUUUCAAUAUUUUAUUUAUACGUUUUGUGACUGUAAUUUCAUAGAUAAUGCGGUUUACGUUAUUCCUAUAAGAGAUAUAAAUUAUGCAUGUAAAUAUGUAGAUGUAAAUUCUGCUUAUUUUACUUCUAUUCAAAUGGCAGCGAGGUCAUAAUAUUAAGAAUUAUAAAGACAUCAUGCACGUUUUGUUUCUAUGCAAAGAUUUGUCUAACCAUUAGGAAUAUUAUUUCACAUGUGCCACACAGGUGUGCACACAUUGCAUUUCAAUGAACUGUAACUAUAAGGAUUGUAAUUGUACAAAUAUCAUCAUAUGAGCGCAUGUUACUUCUGGAAUAUAGUAUCCCACUAAAAAGAUAUAAAUAAAAAUAACUCCAUAAUUGUUAUAGAUCAGACUUCGAGUACCGGAACUGCAUGUAUGUAAUUUAUAUGCAUACAACAAAUAUUUGAAUAAUUAAGUUUAAUGACAUUGUAACUUGCAUGGUGAGUCGAUCAAAUGUGUCCACAUUUCCUCGAUUGCCUUUUUCGUUAUGAAAGAUGAUAAAAGUGGGAUAAAUGAUAUUCAUUUAUGUUUCAUUUCAGUGUAUAUGAUUGCAUCGAGGGAUGUAAAUAUGCAUGUUCUAAAAUUCAGCCUGACCUGGCCAUAUCUUUUAAAUAAGGAAAUCUUGUUUCAGUGUCAUUUCUCAGAUGAAAAUCAAUUUUAAAACUUAGUUUUCUUUCCCCAUACGUUAGCAGAGAGUUACUUCAUUUUUUCAUGGAUUGAAACAGAAACAAAUGCUGGCAAAAUAGUUGUACACAAGGUAUCAAAACUGUUGUUUGCAAAAAGAAAUAUUGACGUCAGAGUUAUGUUUCUUCUGUGAGAUCAAAACCUUUGGUGCCAGUGUGUUUCCUUUCACUUGCUGUGAUUAUGUAAACUAUUAUUUAUGGCUGUAAAUGCCACAACUAAACGUUAAUUAAACGAGUAUCUGAAGUGACUCCAAACACUUAUUGCCUUUCAAUCAAACGGUUAUUCAGUUAUUUUGAUCUGUUGAUAUUUCUGUUACAUUAGGCUUAUUCCACAAGUAUUACUUUAGAUGACAUGCAUUUAAGAUAAAUGAAUUAUGAAAUUAACCAAUUUGAAUGUAGUCAUUCUCACAAACGUAAUCACUUAUAUUAUGUCUGUAAAAUGUCUAUAUUAUUUUAUUGAUUAAUUUACUGCAUCAAUAAAGUCGAAUUCUAAAUUAAAGUUUUAAACUACUAUCGUCUUUGAUACAUGUAUACUUGAUAUUAUACCAUGGCCAGAAUUCACAAGAUGCUACGUAAAUGUUGUAAAUGGAAUAUUUGUACACUAUCAAGGUAACAAUUUGAACUUCAAUGCAACAGUCUGUAUUUAUAUAAGACAUGUAAACUAUAUACAUAUAUACACUGUCAUUGUUAUAUUUAAAUGCAUGAUUUUUUUCAAGUAUUGUCAUUACUAUGGGGAUAUAUUCAUAAUUUAAAAAGUUUAAAAAUAACCAAGACAACACACAUAUAUGUCAAAUGGAAUAAAUAAACGUAAGAAAUAAAAAAUGUUACGUUU